AAAACCCCGAAACCUACUCUUUUUUUUUGUCUCUAUGGAAUAAUACACGUUUGUUUAAUGAGCUACGCUUUUCAUUCCCUAUAUGUCAAAAACAGAAUAUUGGGUUGUGUAGAAUUGCACUGAUCAAAAGGCUUGCGAAUUGGGCAAUAAUAAACAUGGAGCGCUACGAUAUUAUCAAAGAUAUUGGGUCUGGGAAGUUUGCUGUGGCCAAGCUGGUUAGGGACAAGUGCACCAAAGAAUUUUUUGCUGUCAAGUUUAUUGAGAGAGGCCAGAAGAUUGAUGAGCAUGUCCAGAGGGAAAUCAUGAACCAUAGAUCAUUGAAGCAUCCCAAUAUUGUUAGAUUCAAAGAGGUCCUGCUGACACCAACACACCUAGCCAUAGUAAUGGAGUAUGCUGCUGGAGGAGAACUCUUUGACAGGAUAUGCAAUGCUGGUAGAUUCGGUGAGGAUGAGGCAAGAUUUUUCUUUCAGCAAUUGAUAUCAGGAGUCAGUUACUGUCAUUCAAUGCAAAUCUGUCACAGAGAUCUGAAGCUUGAAAACACACUCUUAGAUGGAAGCACUGCACCACGAGUCAAAAUUUGUGACUUUGGUUACUCAAAGUCAUCUGUAUUGCAUUCACAACCUAAGUCUACGGUAGGAACUCCAGCUUACAUUGCACCUGAGGUCCUGAUGAGGAAAGAAUAUGAUGGAAAGAUUGCAGAUGUUUGGUCUUGUGGAGUCACCUUAUAUGUGAUGUUAGUUGGGGCUUAUCCUUUUGACGACCCAGAGGAUCCCAAGAACUUCAGAAAAACCAUUGGCAGGAUACUUAGUGUCCAGUACUCAGUCCCUGAUUAUGUACGAGUUUCCAUGGAAUGUAGACAUCUUCUAUCACAAAUAUUUGUGGCCAGUCCUGAGAAGAGAAUAACGAUACCAGAAAUUAAAAACCAUCCAUGGUUUUUGAGGAACUUACCCAUAGAAUUUAUAGAAGGUGGAAGCUGGCAAAUCAAUGAUGUAAAUAAUCCAUUACAAAGUGUUGAGGAAGUCCUGUCCAUUAUACAAGAGGCAAGAAAACCUCUUAGCGUCCCCAAGGUUGGUGGCCUUCUUAGUGGGGGCAGCAUGGACCUGGAUGACUUGGAUGCUGAUGCAGAUAUUGAAGAUAUAGACACAAGCGGUGAUUUUGUGUGCCCUCCUCUUUAAGUGUAUGCAUGAACAAGCUGAGCUAUUGUUUGCUAUGAAAAUGUGAAUAGAUAUGCUCAGUGGGGGCUGAAAUUCCUUGCUGGUUGUUUUUUAAAUUAAGAUCAGUCGCUCCACUUGUAUUGUAUGGCUUGUUAUUAGUUUUGACAUUUCAAGGGUUUUUCCUUCUGUUCUUUUUACCAUCUCCCCAUCAUGCGUUGUCACAUGUGGAUAUGAUCAAAUUCAGGAACUGAGAUAUGGGAAAUAGGAGAAGUAUACUAAUGUUACUGGAUUCUAUAUUGUGGAAAUUGAGCAGCAUGGCUAUCCUUGGAGGCUUUUCCCUCUACCGUGAUGCCUCCCUCAUAACUUUGCUGAUUUCAGUUCUUCCCUUGGACUAAAAAUUGCUCCCAAGACAUUGUCGCCAUCCAAAAUAC